AGCAUAAGUAAUUAACAUCUUGCAAUCACCUCGCGGACAAGAGAGAAAACUACCCCUCAAUAGGAUAAUUGCUAGCUGUGGCUACUCCUACAUGGCUUCCAGCGCAAGCAUGUUGGCGAUGAUCAUGGCGUGCGCGCUCCUCCUCGCCGGCAGCACGUGUGACGCCGCCCGCAACCUGGCCGACACGACACCGGAGGCUGCCGUUCCGGCUGCUAGCACCGUACCUGGCCUGCCUACCGUGCCCACGGACACGGUCACCCUGAUGCCACCCAUGCCGUCGGUCACCUUCCCCACCGUGCCGCAGGUGACCCUGCCGCCGAUGCCGGCCAUCGUCGUGCCCAAGGCGGUGUUGCCGCCCAUGCCCAAGGUCACCCUCCCCACAGUGCCGCAGGUGACGAUGGCGCCGAUGCCCGCCAUUGUCGUGCCCAAGGUGACGCUGCCGCCGUUGCCGUUGGUCCCGAAUGUGAACGUCCCUAUGCCGUUUGCGGCGCCGCCGCCAUCAGCGUAGGCGCGCUGCGCCGUUUCUUUCGCCCUGUCUACGAUAGGGCGCCGUUCAUGUAAGAGUGGCGCCGGAGUGGCGCCGGGUUACUUCGUGGACAGGACGUACAUUUUCUUACAUGCCAGCUCGGUGUUUUAUGAUUGAUGUAUCCUUAGCGUUUCACUGUUGAUGGUUGUCUCAUUGUAUGUAUCCGUGGUUCUUCUACAUUUUUUUUUUGAACGGGGAAGGCGAGGAUGGCCUUUAUAUUU